UGUUGUGAUACUUAUUCAAAUAUAGUAAUAUAUUUUUGACUUUUCAUUGUGAACUCAGAUUCUAGUUACUCAUUGAACAUGGCGCUGCCUAACGACAUGUGCGGAAGAUAACGUGCAAUCUUUGUCGUGUUAGUCUCUAUUCAGUGAUUGAUUAUAACUUGUUGUAAUUGUAUAGAGCUCUUGUACACAUUAUUGAGAACUAGGUAAAAGUCAAGUGUCACUAUAUAGUGAUAUUUCGUGCAAAUAUCGCGUUUUGCAAUGGUGAAAACCAGACGUAGUAACGGAGAGAAUGGGGACGUUGACGAUGGAAAUUACUCACCGAAUGAAGCUGGGAGUGUUUCUGACGAAAAGGCCUCCAAUUGGUCUCAAAGAGAAUUGAGAAGUAGCCAGUUUAAAGUUAAAAGAAAAAUACAGCGCUGGCCAACAAGAUACAAUCGGAGCCGAUUAAGAUCUAUCAAGAUGCCUCGCAUCAUGUUUCCGGAAAGUGAUACAGAGCCAGAAAAAUAUUCAAGAAGAUCCCGUCAAGUGAGAGUAUUUUUUGCCGAUGACAAUGAUUCAACAAAUAGGAGCAUGACAAUUCGUAGGAGCCGUGGUCCAAGGAAGAAUUAUAUGGAAGAUAGUGAAGAUAAACCAAUACAGCAGAAUGUAAGGCGCAGUUGCCGCAAGCGUAAGCUACUACAUCACAACUUCAAUGAAAGCUGGAUUACUAAUGAGUUGAAAGUCAAAGGGUACCCAGAUCUGUAUGGAUUCCCGGGUACAAGCUCGUCGGAUGAAUUUACUUCGGGUGAUGAAGCUAGGGUUAAUAAUAAGAAGAUUCAGCAGUCAAACAGAAACAGCCUUCCACAAAAUACAGAUGAAGAUACACAAUUGUCUAGACAGAGAAGAACUUCUGCUAGAUUUAAAAUGAUUAAGGAUGCAUCAGAGUCCGAUUCAGACAAUGACAACAAUGAGACAGUGAUCGAGAAAAAGCCAGCAGAAGUGCCAAAGACACAAGACGAGAAGAUGGAUACUAGCGAGCCACAGGUCAAGGAAGAGGAAGAUACUAAAGAUGACAAAGAAAAGGAAAAGGAAAAUAAUGAAGAUAGCGAAAGCAAUCAGAGACCGGUUCGAAGUACACGUGGUAGAGGCAGAAGACGACAGAAAAAAGAAGAUAGCCACCAGGAGUCAGCAUCCGAAUCAUCAUCAUCAGAAUGCAGCGAGAUAACACUACGGCCUCGUCGUUCGAACCGCACGCGCGCUGCCAAGCCGGCCUUCGUGCAGAUCGCGCCACGACAGACGCGCGGACGAGGUAACACAUUUACGAUUAGGAAGAAACCAUAUAGUUUAAGAGAACGAAAACCAAAAUUAUUACGUAGGAAAACGAUUCGAUCUCAAUCUCCAUCAAGUGGAAGCAGUAGCAGUAGUACGAGUUCGGAUACCGAAGAGGAUCUCAAUGUUUCCAUGAAGAAUAAGACUAAGGGGAGACAAAAGUCGAGAUCAACUGACGAUAAGAAGACUGACAGAGCACUGCGCGAUAUACAACCAAUAGAAGUAGAUGGCAGUGUGCGCUUUUCAUCGGUGGGAGGUCUAGAAGAGCACAUAAAGUGUCUCCGCGAAAUGGUUCUAUUUCCCCUCAUGUAUCCAGAACUCUUUCAAAAGUUCAAAACUCGACCAGCGAAGGGAGUUUUGUUCCACGGACCUCCGGGAACUGGGAAGACGUUAUUGGCCAGAGCUUUGGCUAACGAAUGCAGUUUGGUUGGGGGCAGAAAAGUGGCCUUCUUUAUGAGAAAGGGGGCAGACUGCUUGAAGAAGUGGGUCGGGGAAAGUGAGCGGCACUUGAAGCUGCUUUUUCAACAGGCGAACAAAAUGAAGCCGUCCAUAAUAUUCUUCGACGAGAUAGAUGCGCUCGCGCCGGUGCGCAGCGUGCGGCAGGAGCAAGUGCAUACUAGUGUGGUCGGCACGCUCUUGGCCGAAAUGGAUGGCGUUUGUGAGAGAGGCGAAGUGGUAGUUAUUGGAGCCACGAACCGUCUGGACGCAGUGGACCCAGCACUCCGUAGAGCUGGCAGGUUCGAUAGAGAACUGCACUUCCCUCCACCGAACGCGGCUGCUAGACGAGAUAUACUGGAUAUAUACACUAAGGACUGGACUCCACGACCUAGCGAAGAUACACUGAACUAUAUAGCCGAUGUUAGCAGCGGUUAUGGAGGAUCGGAUUUGAAAGCGUUAUGUUCAGAAGCUGUACUUAAAGCGUUAAGACGAGUCUAUCCACAAGUCUAUGAGAGUGAACACGCACUUAUGAUCGACCCGAGAAAUGUGGAAGUAACGCAAGCGGACUUGGAAACAGCGAUGGAGGGUCUAGUAGCGGCGGGUGCCCGCGCUGCGCCGGCGGCCGCGCAGAGGUUGCCGCACUUCUGCCGGCCGCUGCUCGCCGCGCAGGUGCGCGCGGUUGCCGCGUCGCUGCCGGCCACGCUGCUCAGCGCCAGCAGCAUAAAAGAAACAGCGUCUCCCCCCGUGUUAUUGAUAACCGGCGAGUGUGCAGACACACACUUGGCCCCGGCGUUACUCGCGGAGCUCGAGAACUUCACGGUGAAGGAACUUAGCAUGGCCACGUUGCAUUCAGCCCUCGCUUUUACUCAGGAGCAGGCACUUAUAUCGUUGUUCUCCGAGUGCCGUCGGGCAGACCGCGGGUGCGUUCUAUACUUACGUGGUGUGACCGCAGUAUGGGAGGCUCUACGUGGUCCCGGCGCUGCUCUACUGAUGCAGUUAUGGAAAGCUAGAGCAGCCGGCCCACGCACUUUGCUACUAGCCACUGCCCCGUGUGAAGUGCCCGAUGAGCUCCGCGAAAUAUUCCCCGACUACAAAGACUGCAUAUACCGAGUAAGAGAACCCAAUGCCACGGAGGUGAUCAACUUCCUGAAGCCAAUUUUAACGGAAACUCCCCUCGAACCUCCCAUCAUUGAGAAUAAUGAACCCCCGCCUCCGUUACCUAGAGCACCGCCCCCUCCCCCACCAAGAGAGAGUGAAGAAGAGAUAGCGCGACGGAAGCGGAAGGAAGACUACAAAUUGCGCGAAUUGAGGAUAUUCCUCCGGGACAUUUGUAGGAAACUAGCUUCUAAUAGACGGUUCUAUAAGUUCACUAAGCCUGUGGAUUUGGAAGAGGUAACAGACUAUCUAGAAAUCAUAAAACAACCAAUGGAUCUCGAGACUAUGAUGACUAAAGUGGAUAUGCAUAAAUACAAUUGCGCCAAAGAGUUCCUAGACGACAUAGAUCUGAUUUGCGCAAACGCAUUGGAGUAUAACCCUGAUAGGACGUCAUCAGACAAGCAGAUACGUCACGAGGCGUGUUCCCUCCGGGACCAUGCGCAUGCGCUGAUCGAUGUUGAAAUGGACAGUGAUUUCGAGUUGGAAUGUCAGCAAAUAGCAAGAAAACGGGAGGAAGAAGGCGCUGCUGAUAAUGAUCUGCCUGAUUUUAUAUAUACGGCUUCGAAUUUACCGGAAGGCUUCGACUCAUCACAAAACGACAGCAAGUCGAUGCGAACACCGCAAAACGGAGAAAAGAGCGAUCACAGCGCUAAGAGGAAGCGGCGGCGGAUGAACGCGUGGUCUAAAGGACUGGUGGUCAAACGGCAGAGGACAUCACAGAGGAGUGUAAAGGACAGCAGUGCUGUUAUAACGGACGAGGAGUGCAAGGAGAACAAGCCGAUCACAUCGACGCCGCUGCCCAACGGCGACGCGUCGUCCGACGACGACGUGCCGCUGCGCCGGCCGACCGACGAGCUGCAACACUGCAACCGUCUGCACAGUCCUGCCAAAUCAACGGAAAAGAUAACAAAAACGUCGCCAAAGAAAAGGAAUUCCGGCCACGAAACGUCAGUAGAAGCUGAGAAAGUGCAAAUAAACAAGACUGAAUUAGAUAACAUUCUGUACAAGAACGCGAAGGCCCUCCGCGCGAUAGGUCUCGAGGCGCUCAUAGAUCUGUACUCGCAACUCAACGACGCCAUACAAGCGUACAGCAAUAAGUGGGAUAGAACCAAACUGCCGCAGGACUUGCAUCAAAUAGUGAAUAGAUAUGUACAGCUGGCGAAGAAGUGAAAAAAAAAUGCUAUUUUUUGGAGGGAAAAAGUGAAAAAAAUUUUUUUUUAUUUUUUGUAUGAUUGAGUUUCUCGUUUUAUGUAUGGGAUAUGACUAUUACGAAUUAAAACUGUCUAAAUAUGUAUACCUAAUUUGUAGCAACAAAAAAAAAUAUAGAAAAUGUUAUGUUAGUUACCUAGUUAAAGGAUGAAAUUUAACUAAUAGUUCUGUCACUUUCUCACUUAUAUUCCAUCAUGUUAGUGUGAAAGAGACAGACAGGCUGAUUGGUUAAAUUACUAUAUUCAAAUAUGAAACACUCAAUGUAAGAAAAUGUAUUGGCGGAAUGAUAUGAAUUGUUUUAUUAUAUGAGAAAUGUUGAUAAGUUAUUAUGAUGGUGAUUGAGGUCGGUAAGUUGUGAAAAAUCACUGUUAAAUCACUGUUAUGGAUGUAACAGUGAUUUUUCACAGUUACAGUGAGUUGAAUAUCGUUUUAAAUUAUUCGAAUAUAGAAUAUAUGGAUAGUACAAAGUAUGGAUAACUCAGAAAAUAGAAGAAUGGUGAAAUGUCUAGGUUUUAAGGUUAUUUUUAAUUUCGCAUUGCUUUUGUUCAAAAAAUUAUAGUUAAAGCGUGAUACUUGAGUAAAAUAUUGUACUCUAUAUGCAUGCUAGCGAUAUUCAACAUCAGUUCAAAAAUUGGCAAAAAGUAUACUUUUACGGCCUUACUAAUAAAAAGUUAAACAAUAGAUAAAUGUCUACCAUUUUCUACCAUAGCUUUGUCCUGCUCUUGCUCACAUGAAACGUCAAUGAUAAAAACAA